UGAAAAGUUUGUUGCGCCGCUUGGAAGCCGUGCGCCGAGUGCCGAGUGCCGAGUGCUCAUUUCUUUGUUUUGUGGAAAUAAUGCUAUUAGCGUGAACAUUUCGUUGCGCAUACGCCGCAUGUGCCAACAUAACAAGUGUUAGCAAGUCUCGCGACCAGAGAAUACAAUUAAAAAUGACAAAAUUCAAAAGAAAUAUGCACUUAUAAUAUAAUAUAUAAAUAAUACAUAUCAAAUAAUAUUGUGCUAAUUUUGUGUUGUAAAAUGAAAAUAAAUUUGUGUGAAAGAGAGAAAUUUGUGUACAGUACUUGUGAAGUAAAUAAUAGUGCUGCGUUUUGUGCUCAUCAGUGUUGUACUCGAGUGUCUGUUCAUCUACAGACACACAAACACACACACACGUACUUGCAUACACUUGUGUGUAGAUCUGCAUAUGUAUUUGUCCAGCGUUUGUCAUCGCAUGGAGCAAUCGCAGUUCUAGUUCCAGUUCAGACGUCAGCCAGUUCGUAUCUUGGAGCUCGCGUCAACCGUCUGAACUGUCGACCAACGAUUUGUUUAUAAACGAAAACAACGAAAGAACAGAGAGUGGGGCAAACGAAAGGCGAUGGACAUGCAAUUAGAUAGAAAUUAACAGAAGAAGAAUAUUCUAUAAACAUACUUAAAUAUAUACACACACUUGUCGUUAUGUGUGUGUGAGCGAGCGAGAGAGAGCGAGUGAUAGAAAUUAACGAACAUGUUUAAUCUGCUGCGACGCACGCGUCAGAGAAAGGCGCAUAAAAACAAAAACUACGAUGUAAGUGAUGAUGAAGAGGCAUCAAAGCCAAGAGCGCCCACAACAGCCUUUGACAGGAGCACAGAGAGCACGCACAGUAAUGGCGCCGAGUGCCGUUACCUAUUCAGCAAGAGAGAGAGCAAGGCGAGUGAGAGCAACUCGCAUGAGAGCAGCGCCCGUGAGAGCAACUCGCAUGAGAGCAGCGCCCGCGAGAGUAAAUCGCAUGAGAGCAGCGCUGGGCCGCGACGUGCGGUGAUCGAAGAGUUGGAGGACUUUGGCAGCGACAACGACGAAGAGAAGGCAAGUGUAAAAUUAGCAAAAACAGCUGCUGCUAAUGGCCAUUCAGCGAUCUCUUGGCGCUCCGACAAUUUGUUGUAUAUAAAUAACAUGGGCAGCGGUGAUGCGGCGACAAAGGCGAGGACAACGACUGCUGCUGCUGCUGUUGACGAUGAUGAGGAACGAAAUGAACGAAAUGAUAGAAAUGCUGCUGCCACCGCAACGGCGGCUGUUGGUGUUUUUUGCUCUUGCUGCUGGGCAUGCCACGGGCAGUCAAAACGAGGCAGCCAUCGCGAACGCAAAAGCCAAAUACGAGUCGAGACAGCACGCAGGCGACGGUCAGCUAAUUGGCCAAGAACGGCAAGACGGGCUAAUAAAACGGAUUGGGCCAACAAAUGGCAAUGCCGAACAACAAUUACAAAUUGCUGGCACGGUAAUUGAUGCAGACGACAUAAACACUAAACGCAACAACACAACAACAGCAACAACGAACACUAAAACGCAGACGGAAACAGAGAACAGAGUGAUCUAUCGAAGGCAAUCGAAGGAAUCGAACGAACAGAAACGACUAUCGCGUCUAUCGCUGGGUAACUUUGCAUUGCUCAAAGACAACACUGCAGGCGAAGAGUCUGUGAACAGCAGCAGCAACAGCAGCAACAAGAAGCAGCGCAGCACAACGUUGCAAAGAAGUCGCGAAUUUCUCAGUGAUAUUUUCAUGGCGCGUGGACGUAAUCAUCAUCAAAAGCAGCGAAAUCAACAGCAACAACCUCCACAGCAACCACAACAACAACAGCAGCCUGCCAACGACGUAAUCGCUAUUGGAGAGGCCAGGGUAACAACAGCAGAAACAUCAGCAGCACACCUUGAAACGAACUCCGACCCCGCCGCGACCGUGUCCACAAAUAGUUAUCAAAUGACUAUGUCUAAUAAUAGCAGCACACCAAAAAAAAUCGACACAACGGUGCUGCGCUGCCAACGCAGAGCGACGAUAAAGAGAGCGAGGCGUUGCAAAGAGAACGACGCAGUAAUUCAGCUGGAGCUGUGCGACAGGAGCAGCCACUGCUGGCAAAAGAGAGCCAGCAGCUGGCCAGAGAAUUGCGACGUGCUGCCGAUGUUCAUAGACAGCGUAGAGCGGCGAGUGCUGAAUUUAUUCAAGCGGCAAACGUCGAGCUGUGCACUGUCGCGGAAGAAGAUCAACAGCAACAGCAGCAACAUCAGCAGCAGCAGCAACAACAGCGGCAACAGCAAGGCGAUGCAACACUGCAGCGCAGCAGCAGCAGCAACAGCAUCAACAACAGCAACAGCAAUAACAUUUACAACUACAACAAUUACUAUAUCAACAACUCUAGUGAUAUAG